CAAUGUCGAGUCGUCUUAUCCUCCUCGUGACGGUACUCGCAGUUGCGGCCGAAUGCAGCCACCGGCGACAGAAGCGCAUCGUUGGCGGCACCGAGGCACCGGUCCCGCCCGUUGACGACCCCGUCGUCUUCGUCACGAAGCAGGAACGCGAGGCGCGCGUGUACGGACUGCGCGAUCACCUUACCGGCUACUACAUGUUCCGCGGUAUCAGAUUCGCCGAGCCGCCGGUUGGCAUUAGACGAUUUCAACGACCAGUGCCAAUGUUCCUGGACGGGGACGUGAAUGCCACUGACUGGGGAGCUCCGUGCCUACAACCGGACGUGAACGGGGCGCUAGUCGGUAGCGAGGACUGCCUCUUCCUCAACGUCUUCACACCAGCCCUGCCCGAUGCCACCGACGGCUAUCCCGUCUUUAUCUGGAUCCAUGGCGGGGGCUUCCGGAGAGGGGCAGCCACCCAAUACGAGAUGCGUAACCUCGUCAAUAAGAACACCAUCGUAGUUUCCAUCCAGUACAGAUUAGGAUCAUUGGGAUUUUUAUGCACCAAUAGCAAAGAUCUUUCGGGAAACAAUGGAUUGUUCGACAUGAUUUUAGCGACCGAAUGGGUUAGGGAUUACAUUGAAUUCUUUGGUGGAAACAACAAGAAUAUUAUAGCCUUCGGCCAAGGAAGCGGCGCGAGCGCAGCUUAUUUCCUGGGCAUGUCUAAAUUUGGAAGGGGUUACUAUAACGGCAUCGUUGCCAUGUCUGGCACACCUGUUUCUCGUUCCGCUGUGGACAGACAACCGAGGGUCGCCUCCCGGUCAAUGGCCACCAGCACCAAUUGCCCGGAUAACGAUACCUUGGAGAUGGUUCGUUGCCUUCGCGAAUUGCCCGCGUCGCAACUCAUCGAGCAAGAUUCAAAGCAGGAAACGUCCGCCAAGGAGACGAAUAACUUCGUUGACGACUUGUCGAUCCUUUUGAACCCCGGUCCGGUUGUCGAAGGAAAGAACGACUUAAGAUCACUGCCAAACUUUGUGACCCAAGAGCCAGAAGACUCAUUGGCCGAAGACAAUAUUCCGGAUAUACCGCUGUUGACGGGUGUCGUUAAGGACGAGACCGGCGGCGCGGUUCAUGGCCCUUUCAAAAACAAGAUAACGCAGAUGUUAAAGAGUGUGCCAGAUUUUCUCACGAAAAUCUUGGUGCCGAGUCUCCAAAAAGUCGUGCCCGUUAUCGGCAACGUCACCCAACAAUUUGUACCCGCGGCUUUCACCAAAUAUCUAAAUCCCAUUCAAAGCGACAACAAUAAUGCGAAGAUAAUCAAUGCCGUAGAAAAAGUUUCGCAAGCUCUCAACGAUGCCAUAUUCAACGUACCAGCGUUUCUAACCGUUCGAAAUUGGUCGAAGAAGAGAAAAGCUUUCCUUUACAGCUUCGAUCACGAUAGCAAGAAAGGCUUCGGCAAAGACUUUCUCGAUGGCUUACCCAUUAUUGGAAACUCUGCUCAAACUGGUAAAACUAGUCAUGGAGAUGAUUUAGGAUAUAUUUUUGAGCCUAACAAUAUAUUUGGAAAGCCAUUGCCAAAAAAUGACAAUUUUAAUGAAGAAGAUGAACGAGUAAAAGAGAUUUUUACCGAUCUUAUCGUCAAUUUUGCGAAAACUGGUAAUGUAAGUGUUAAUGCAAAAUCAAAGGAUGGAAAUUUCUUACCACUAUCUUUGCCAUCUUUUUUUGGAGACGGGGACGACAAUACUUUCCUUAGCAUUAAGGCAAAUCCAAAGAUUUCCAAACAAUUUAAAUUUUGCGAAAUGGGGUUGUGGACUGGAAUCAAUGAAAGAUUCACAUCAGCAGUAUGCAGUUUAUUUCACGUAGAUUUAAAAAAUCCCCUAAAAACCGUUCAUAAAACAUUGAUGUCUAUAUCGAAGGAACCGAUUAUUCCAAAAGUUGGAAAGGUUGUUGAUUUAUUAGAUAUGGAUGGAAUUCCUAAUAAAGUAAUUCCUACUCCUAAAAUAUUGGAUAUUCCAAAAACUCUACCCAAUCCCCAACCAAAUAAAAAAAUUGAAAAAGUAAUACCAAAUUUAAAAAAGACAACGGAUGUUAUGAAAGUACCAUUAGGGAUUCCCAAAAAUCCUAUAUCACUCUUCGGUUAAAUAGUAUUUAUUUACUAUUUUAAUAUUAUUUUCUAUUUAUUAGUACGCCUAUUUUUA